GGAAGUUGGUGCUAUUCCUAUGGUGCGGUGAGCAGUGAAGGUGUUGAUAGUCGUUGUUUUUUGACAUUUUUUCUGCAUAAUUGUAGUGGUUAAGUGGCUACAGCAAUGUUAAUUAGGAACAUACAAUUUCUCAAAACUGUAAACUUAUAGCAUUUCAUGGACGCAUGUUGCGAUUUUGAUUAUUAAUUGUAGUUGAACACGGCCUUCGUUCUGUGCGGUGUGACAUCAUGGCUUCAUCGAACAGAGGUAUCCAAAUAGGUUCAGCGUGGUUUCAACGGAAAAUGAACCUGAGGCCACAGCAUAGAGGAGUGCAUCUAGUUACCGAAGAAAUUCUCAGGCAAAUGCCUGAAAUAUGUCAAUUUUCUGUGGGACUAUUUCAUGUACAAAUUCUUCAUACGUCUGCCAGUUUAGCUUUAAAUGAAAGCUGGGAUCCAGAUGUUAGAGAUGAUAUGGAGAUGAUGUUAAAUAAAAUAGUGCCUGAGGGUUUGCCUUAUAGACACUCCUGUGAAGGACCUGAUGACAUGCCAGCACACGUGAAGGCUUGUUUUCUUGGUUCGUCGUUGACUAUUCCAAUAACGGAUGGCAAACUCAACCUAGGCACCUGGCAAGGAAUUUGGCUCUGUGAGCACCGUGACCAAGCAGGAUCAAGAAAGGUGGUGGUAACAAUCAACGGCUGCCUGCAGGAUUCGAGCAGGUCUCCGCUAAGUCCCGUCUCUCCGAUCGCAUCGACCAGCAGUUAAUACUGCUCAUCAGUUGUGUCAAACAACAACAACAUCAACCACCCUUUGUCGGCGUCAGACGUCAGCAUGCCGUCACCUCCUCCUUCUCCCCCUUGACCCUCUCCUUCUCCUUCUCCUCCUCCCUAGCCCAUCUAUUUGUCGUGUAUACUGAUCGCCCUCGGCUUCUGCAUAGGUCAGGUAGGCUGCAGUGCUUUCUUCAUUUAAUAAAACGCACAAAAAGUUAUUUGUUAUUAAAAACAAACUUUCCUUGUAUUAUUUUCAAUCGAUGUUAUCACGAGACAGGAGUGGAUUAAUUUAUAACGGUUUGUAAAUUAUUAUAAUCAUUGUACAAUGAAAGUUGUAAGAUAUUUAGUUAUACUGACGUAAAUUGUAUUAUCAGAGUUACCAAAUGUAAAAAUUAAAUAUCUAUUGACUAUGUUAUAUAAUAUUGUACAGCUAUACUAUAAAUCAGUACGUAGUAGAAGAAUAAAGUACUGUAAAUUGUAUGUGAAUUAUGGGGCGAUAAGUAUACAAAACAAACUUUGGCGAAUCAACAGUUGAAUGUGAACAAACUGAAGUGGUGUAAUUGUAAUUUUCCAUUUAGCGUUGAUAAUAAUAAUUGAAUAAUAUGAUUAUUACGAUAACGAUAUAUUCGGCACAGAACUAAUUUACACACUACUGAAGGAUAUCCGAAUGUGUAAUAAUUGAAUUGAACUAGUAGGUAAUUAACAAACAAUUUGUACAAUAGAUGCGAUGCACAUUGGGAUGUGCGACUUGGGCUAGCCGGUGUAUUUGGUUACUGUGUACUGGGCUGGCUGGCUGGCUGCUGGCUGCUAAUUUAUAUUCCUUAUACUUUAAGGGGGGAUCAAUUCAAUUUAGACAAUAGACGUGCAAAACAUUUUUGCAAAUUUUAAUGAAUAAAUGUAUAAUGUUUUCACUCGCUGCAAACUCGAUUUUGUUUGCAAUCGAACGACAGAUCUCAUCGCUGUGUCUCAUUUCAAUCAUAUUACUACAAACAUAAUACAAUCAAUAAUACUAAUAAUAAUGAUGAUAAUGUUAAUACGAUUAUAAUAAUAACGGUAUUGUUGAUUAUUAUUGACAUUGAGUUUAUUUGACGAGGGCCAAAGGCUUGAGAAGCACGUGGAGCAGCCAUCACUCCCUCCAACCUGCCUUUUGCCGCCGCCGCCGCCUCUUUAUUGGCUGUGCCUCUCAUUACGCCUUCCACCUCCCUCCAUUGUUUUUCUAUUCUCAUUGAUCAAAGUCUCUCAUACCGAAUAAGUUUCCAGACUAAGAUUUAAAUAGAAGCCCUGUUUGACAAUAUUGUCUUAUUUUUCAUACUGCACUGAUAAAAACGUUGGUUAUAUUCAAAUUCGAAUAGUACAUCACAAGCCUUGUUGGUUUCCCAUUCGUAUAAAGAAUUCUUCACCCUGUGAUAUAAAAUAAGGCACACAAUUCGAGACAACCUUUUUCGCAGUGUUUUGAAGUUGAAUUUGAAUGAAUGAUGAGUUUUGUAAACAGCAAUGGUAUAAAUAAAUCUAUAAUAAGUUCUGCUUGGUAUAUUGGAUUAGGUGAGUGAAAGUGUUGUGAAAUUAUUUUGAUGAAUGUUGUAGAAUUCAGCUUGUCGGGUUAUUAACCGUCCAUUAUCAUUAUAUUAUUUGCUUUUGUCGAUAGAAUUUUGACGACCUCUACAUUCCUCUCAAUACAAGUUAGAAUACAUGAAAAGAGCUCUUAACUUCGCCAAAUGGUAUUAUUUUCAUAAACAUUCAUUAUCAAUAUUUCUAAAAAAAUAUGAGCUCCAUUACGAAGUGUUUGACCUCAUCAGGUUAUAAUUUUUGAAAAAAUUAUUUUCACUAUCUUACUAAACUAAUAAGAUCUGCAGACGAUCGUUAUUGAAUUAUUUAUAUAUUUUGUAGCUCUUCAUUAAUAGAAGUAUUGAAAUCUGAUUUAUUUAUUUGAAAAUAAAUUCGAUUUUUAUUAAUUAUUUUUCACCCAAUGUUGAUUGUUUUUUGAGAUCUAUGGAACGUUCAACAUCCAAGGAAAUAGUAUUCUUCUACCCAAGUCUGAAUCUGUCAAUAAUUGUUGCUCAAACAAUGUUUGAAUGUUUUUUCUUCAGCUAUAAAAGCGUUUUGCUGCUCUGUUUUGACCUCAUUAUUUGCAAGUUGACAUGCUUAAAUUUUAUUUUUUCAAUCACUAGUCUCCCACACCAUUUAUCAUAUUUCAUAUCCGACAUUAUUGACUCAAAUUAAAAUCUAUUUGAUGCAAAUGUCAUGCAGCUAGAGGUUGGGAAUUUUAAAGGGAUGCUAAGGAACUGUCAAAACCUAUAAUAAUGCGAUUUUGUUAUGAGAUUCACGAGCUGAGCUAAUCUUGAUUUUGAAACAAAUUACUUUUUUAUCGUGCAAGGAAAUUCACUAUAAUAGUUUUUCCUAUUUCUGCUGUAUAACUUAUUUAUGUUAUAUUGUCCUUGUUUUAUUUUAUGCUUUAUAAGUUCCUAGGCUAUUUAGAUUUGUACUAUCACAGCAAACUUCCUCCAAUAUUCUUAUGUGCUAUUCUUAUAUGAUAAUUCAAGUUCAAAGUAUCUAGUCAGGGUUUUUUUACCCAUUAAGCCAUUUUAGAUUUCAAUAUUUCAUUUAUUUUUGCAGUAACAAGCUUCGUCUCUUCUAAUGCAUCACAGUCAUUUAUUGUAAUUGUAGCACUUUACUUGAAAUCUCACAGAUCUCAUUCAUACAUAAAUCGUAUCUCAUAGGAUAAAUAUUGAUUUGGAAAAGUUUACAUCUCAGUUUAAAUUCAAAAAUCAAUUAUUCUUUUCUAGCCAUUACAUUAACAUUUUUACAGAUUCUUUUGUUCUGAUAAAUACCGACCCCCCCCCUCUCCAGAUAUGAAUUCAUUGGUCAGUUCUAUUUGGGUUUGGGCUCGUCUACUAAAUCUUCUAUAGUAGCUAGUACUUAACGUUACCAAGCUGAUUGCAAAUUUGCUAGUUGCUUUUCACGUCUAAAAUUUGUAUUGUUCCACGGUUAAUUUCACAAAAAUUGGUAGUUUUCUAUUGAAUUGUCCGAUUUUGCGAGCUUAAUAACAGAUAAAUCUAAAUCUUUUCUAUUAAUACUGUAUAUUUAUGUAAGAAUGUAUUAUUGUACUCUCUGCUACGACUAUAAUGCUCCUUUUUGGGCAAAUUCCGGCCAACCGCGCUCUGCUAUACAUUCAAAUUUCUAGCAUUUUGUAGCAUCACCACAUUAAUAUUAUGUACUCCAUCACAAC